AAUGGCGUGUAAACGGAAGUCAAUUAUAGACAGCUUGUCUUGUCUUGACUUGAAAGAUUAGAUGCUUUUACAAGAAGUUUAAUGUCUCCAUUUUGCUGAUUACGUUAACGCUGGACGAAAGGUCAGAGGUUCGAAUCGCAGCAGCCAUUAUCGAAUUCCACUCAAGGGCGAUGUCCGAUUCUUAGGGUUUUGGAUUUGCUUUUUCUUUGACCCGAAGGAUAUCACCCACCAAAAGAUGACUUUUAAGGGUUUUGAGUUACCUGCCCUUGGUCUGACGAAUUUAACACGAAAUGAUUAUUCUAAAACUGUCCUUGACAAGAUGGGUUGUUCGGAGAGCUCUUAAAUCUGGUCAAUGUGUAGGUUUAGGUUGUUAUUUGCUUUCGUUUAGUUAGAGUUGAGCCCAUAAUUGAGAGAUUUGAUGUCAUGGAGAGUUGAUGAAGGCCAUCGCAUGACCCUGGUUAAGAUCUUGUGUUAGGCAAUUGACUAAUUUGGGUUAUUCAAGAUAAAAACUUGAGUAAAUUCUAUACAAUUCAUUCAGGAAAGUUUCCGGAAUUUUGGCUUUGUCAGAUUUUAGGGAAAAAUGGCAGAAAUUUUAUGUUUUGAACAGGUGUUGAAGGCCAUUUUCGUAUAGAGUGUAUAAAUCUAGGUAAGGUAUAGUGUCAGGUUGUUGAUAGAUAUUGUUUGGUUGGGUUUAAGCUAUAGAUGGCCGAAAUUUGGUCUUCCGGAGAGAUAUUGAAGAUUAUUUUCCCUCUCAUGAGUGUACAAGACCUGGCUUCAUGCAUGCGUGUGUGCAAGCAGUGGAGAGACGUAGCCAAAGAGGACUACUUCUGGAAAAAAUUGUGCGCCCAAAGAUGGCCUUCUAUGUUCAAAGACAAGAGGCCUCCUCCAAUUGGUGCGUCCAGGGGUUACCACAAGCUCUACAUGAGUCUCUGCAGAAGAGAUCGCGGUGCCCUUCCGGUUCCUAGAUUGAGUUUUGAUGAUAUUGAAUUCUAUGUUGACAUAUGGUUGGCUGAUCGGUCAGUGUAUUCUGAUGUAGUACCUGGAUCAGUGCUUCGAUCGGGGAUUAUCAACCCCCCAGCUGGAAUCUGUGAUAUCAUGAAGGACCAUCUGAAGAGCCUUUCUUGCAAGAUGACUAUUCCUGUGAAUCCCAGGUUCAAGUUGUUCAGUGAGAAUAUUCGUGUUUCCUUGCUUGUUGGCCGGAGAGACGACGACAAAGUUGCUUCCAUUAUUGAUAAGUCUGGUUUCGAUUACGUUGAUGGACCAGCAUGCAGGGCACUGACCUAUGAUUACUUGAGAUUUGCGCCCAAGUAUCCAUUUGUGUCAGAGAUCAGAGCUUGGAUAGCAUUGCUGCUGGUGGACUCUCAGGAUGACAAAAUGGACGACAAAAGGGACGUGUUUGGCAUUGAAGUGGACUUUUGUGAUGCUGCAAAUUCAGAUUGUGAAGUGCUAUGGCUUUUGGAUAUGUUAGAUUGGAAAUGAAUAUAAAAUUCAAUGCAUCGAGACUCUCUUCAGGUUCUAGGUGCAACCAAACAGUAAUGCUCCAUAUGGAUUUGAGUAAGUAUGUUGAUUAGGAUAGUCUAUUUAAAGGAAGCCUUUGUUGAUUGGGAUAGUCUAUUGUGAGGAAGCUGAAUAAGGUUUGCAAGAUAAUUCAGUAAUUGUAUAUUUCGUUGCCAAAAUAUUUGCUAACUUAAAAAUCUAAUAGUGAAUCGUCUUGUAGUACUUGCUGACAAUUAAGCAAGUACCAUAAAUGCUUCGCCUAUUUAAAUGUUGUAAGAGUUGCCUUCAUCUUAGAAGGUUUAUAGCUUAAAAGAAUAGAGUCUUUGUAAAUA